CUUCAAACAAACCAAAAAAAAUGAAUCUUAUGUGUAUUCAAAAUGGGCUCUCACGCCAAUUUCAAAGACUUGGUAGAUUAAUAGGAGGUCAUCCUUUAUAUUUCAUCGCAGGUUCGUUACUUUUAUCAAUAGCACUGUCUUCGGGUAUUCUGAAUAUUCAAAUUAGUAGAAAUGCUGAUUAUCUUUUUACAUCAACUGAUGGUAAAGCUGUAAACAUAAAAAGACUUACAGACGAAUUAUUUCCUGUCAAUACAUCUUUUUAUAUGGAUAUACCAAGAAUAACAAAUAGAAAUUUUAUACUCUUUCAAAUUGUUGCUAAAGAAGGAGAAACAAUGUUAAGAGAAGAUAUAUUUAAUGAAAUAAAUAUAUUUCAUGAAAGUAUUAAAAACAUCUCCAUAAAUAUAAAUGGUAAAGUUUUGAAAUAUAAAGAUUUAUGCGCAAAGAAAUUUGAAGAAUGUGAAGAAGGAAAUUUUGUAAAAUUAUUACCAUUUACUAAAGAGAUUAUAUCAGGAAAGAAAAAAAUAAAAUAUCCCGUAGAAAUUGAUAAAUUUACAUUUGCAUUUAAGGAAUAUAUUCUCACUUUAGGAGGUGUUGAAUUAGAUGAAGAAGAUUACAUUACAGAUUUAAAGAGCGUAAGACAAUUUUAUAUUUUAGAUUUCAGCGAUAGUAAAAAACUUGAAGCGAUAAAACAAUGGCAACAACAAGUUUAUAAUUUUAUGAAAUAUUAUCAUUCGGAUGUCAUUUGUCUUUCUUAUAUAAGUCACCAAGUUAUCGAUGAAGAGAUCAAAGGAUUUACUAACAGACUUCUUCCGAGGAUUCCAUUUGUGGUAUUAAUAAUUGCAGUGUUUUCAUUUAUCACUUUAAUAACUAACGAUUGGGUUAAAAGUAAACCUUGGCUUGGACCUUCUGCAUGUCUUUCGGCUGGAAUAGCUAUUACUAGUGGAUUUGGUUUAAUGUCGUAUAUUGGAAUCGAAUACGUAGACUUUAACAUAGCUCUUUGCUAUUCUGUUCUAGCUACGGAAAUUGAUGAUUCUUAUAUUUUAAUAUCGGCAUGGAGAAGAACAAAUCCGAAAGUUAGUGUUGCAGACAGAAUGGCAGAAACUUUUUCUGAAGCAGUUGUAUCUGUUACGAUAACUUCUUUGACAAAUUUUCUAUCAUUCUCAAUCGGAAUUGCAUCGAAUUUUCCAGCAAUAAGAAUCUUUUGUAUCUAUGCAGCUACGUGUACAUUAUUUACAUACGUUUAUCAGAUUACGUUCUUUGGAGGAUGCAUGGCACUCAGCGGUUAUAGAGAAAAGAAAAGACUACAUUCAAUCACUUUUCAGUUUUCAGGAGAUGAAAAUCCUGUAUAUAAAGAAGACUUCAUUAUGGCACAAUUGAGAGACAAAUUAGGCCCUAUUUUAACGUAUCCACUAACAAAAGUAUUUGUGUUUGCUCUAUUUUUUAUCAACGUCGGUACUUCAUUAUGGGGUUUGGCAUUUAUUAAAACUGGUAACGAGUAUGCUGAUUUAUUGAGUUAUAAUUCUACUUUAGUAACAUUUAGUGAUAUUAUGUUUAAGUAUUUUGGAAAAUAUACUUAUCCUAUACAUUUAAUCAUAAAUAAACCGUUGAAUUAUGCAGAUAAUGAUGUACAACGGGCCAUUGAAGAAACUAUUAAAAAAUUCGAAUCUCAUCCUCAUAUUUCUGAAUCUGCAUUAACUCUUUCAUGGUUAAAAUAUUAUAAAUCUUUUAUGAAUCAUCCAGCUGGUACUUUUUUACUUAGAGGUUAUAAUAUGUCUGAUAAACAGGAUUUUAUUGAUGGACUUCGUAAUGUAUUUCUUAAGUUUCCUCAAGCCAGACAAUUUGAAUUAGAUAUUAAAUUUAAUGAAAAUUAUACUGAUAUUAUUGCUAGUAGAUUUUUAUUGCCUAUGAAAAAUAUUGAUAGUCCAACAAUAGAAACGAAUGUAAUGAAAGAAAUGGAAAUAAUUACAGAAAAUACUCCUGUACCUGUUAAAGUAUUUUCUCUUAAUUUUCAUUUUCUUGAACAAGCAAUAUUAAUUAAAGGAAUCGCUAUCGAAAUUGGUUUAGUAGCAUCAGCAUUAAUUUGUAUUAUAUUUUUUCUUUUCGUACCAAAUAUUACUUGUGCCGUUUGUAUCUCAGUAAUAAUUAUAUGUAUUAUAAUAGAAACCGUAGGUAUAAUGGUUUUUUGGAAUGUUAAAUUAGAUUUACCAUCUCUUACGAUUUUAAUAUUAUGUGUAGGAUUUUCUAUUAAUUAUCCAACUCACAUAUCAUCAUCUUUUGUUUUAGCUGGUAAUUUGAAUUCAAAAGACAGAAUUAAGAAAUCUUUGUAUGAAGUUGGUUUUCCUAUCUUUCAAGGAUCAUGUUCUACUAUUCUUGGUGUUAUGAUUUUGGGUUUUCAGCCCUUUUAUAUCUCCAGAGUUUUCUUUAAAAUAAUUAGUAUUGUUGCUAUUCAGACAGCUUUUCACGCUUUAUUUCUUAUACCAUUACUUUUAGAUGUUUUAGGACAAUGUGAUAAAUCACUUUCUUCAAGAGUUAAAACAAUUAACGAUGGUCAUUUUGCUCCGUUGUCCAUAGAAGAGGUCGAAAAUGAAGAACAUUUGAAAGAAUCUGACGUGGAAUUUAUGGAAGUAAAGCUAUCGUUAAAUCAUGAUAUGUAAAUCUGUGAUAAUUUUCAUAUAUAUUUU